CGAACCCGUUUAUAACGAACCCGGUUAGAACGAAUUAUGGUCUAUAUCGAACACACGAAAUUUUAAGAUCAAUAUUCAUGAGAAAUAUACUUUCUAUAACGAACCACACAUCGGUUAUAUCGAACUGCGAGCGCCCGCUACCGCCCCCGUGGAGACGCGCGGGCUUCCCUGCAAUGCACAGAGUGACAGAGGACAAGAGAAAACCAAGAAAAACACGAUGGCCCUUGAGAAGAUGAGUCACAAAACCGACUGCGAACGCCCGCAACCGACCCCCGCGGAAGCGCGCUGGCUUCCCUGCCAUGCACGGAGCGACAGAGGACAAGAGAAAACCAAGAAAAACACGACCCUUGAGAAGAUGAGUCACAACACCGCAACCGGCCCCCGCGGAAGCGCGCUGGCCAAUGAUAGAGCAAGCGUGCAAUGACGUUCUGAUGACAUCAUCCUGCAGCCGUACCAGGCAGGACAUGGCUCUUUUGUUCCUAGCGUUUUGCCGAGGAGGCUCGUUGUUCUUUGUGUCCUUCCUGUUCCCGCAAGAGAUGGCGACCAAGGUGCGUUCAUCGUUACCGUUCUCUACCAAGGUGGAAAUAAUCCGGCGCGUUGAACGCGGCGAGAAGAAGUCAGAAGUCGCCGCAUCCUUCAAGAUCGCCAGAAGCACGCUGAGUACGAUUCUGAAAAACAAGCCAGCGAUCCUGCAAAAGUCCCGAGAUCGACCGAACGCCGACGGAAAGCGCAUUCGGGCGCCUGCCUUUGACAGAGUGGAAAAGGCGCUGUACGCGUGGUUUUUGGAUAUUCGCGCUCGAAACCUUCCAGUUUCGGGCCCCAUGUUACAGCAGAAAGCAAAAGACUUUGCCUUUUUGCUCGACGUUCAAGAUUUUAGUGGCGGAUCCGGAUGGCUUCAACGGUUCAAGGAACGUUACGACAUCGUCGGCAAAGUUGUCGCCGGCGAGAGUCGAGCAGUCGACAAUGAAAGCGUCAAGAAGUGGAUCGCCGAAAACUGGCCAGCAAUUACGGAGCAGUACAGGCCCUGCGAUAUUUAUAAUACCGACGAAACCGCACUGUUUUGGCAGCUCCUACCCAGUCGAACCUUGGCACGACAAGGCGAGAAGUGCCAUGGCGGCAAGCUGAACAAAGCUAGAAUUACGGUGCUCCUCACCACGAAUAUGGACGGGAGCUCCAAGCUUACGCCACUGAUCAUCGGCAAGAGCAAGGCCCCUAUGUGCCUACGGGGGUGUCGGUCUCUUCCAGUGAAAUACACUUCAAAUGGAAAGGCCUGGAUGACAAGGGUGUUGUUCGAGGACUGGCUGCGCGACUGGGAUGAGAAGUUGUCCGAGAGUGGCCGCAAGAUUUGCCUCUUGCUUGACAAUUGCUCCGCGCAUCACUGUGGUGCCACGCUAAAAAACAUUCAGCUUCGUUUCCUGCCCCCUAAUGCGACAUCGGUGCUGCAGCCGCUAGAUCAAGGCAUCAUCCGUGCCUUCAAGCAAGGUUACAGGAAGCGUGUAGUGGAGCAGCUGCUCACCAAGCUGCGUGUGGGAAAAGAACUGAAGAUUGAUUUGUUGGGUGCUAUUGAAAUGCUUAGCCGUGCUUGGAGCGACAUCGCGCCUAACACAAUUAAGAAUUGUUUUCGCCACGCGGGACUGUCCCUGGAUAACGACAGAGCAAGUACUGAAGAGGCAAUCGAGGUUACGGAUGACGACUUAAACGAGAUGUGGAGAGACCUCGGCCGUCUUCCCGACGCGGUCCCGGAUGGCGUGGAGCUGGAAGAUUUUCUCGGAGUGGAUGAUGAUGUCGCAGUGACCAGCAGUCCUUCAGACAACGAAAUUGUCGCCGAGGUCGUGGCGGCUUCAGCAAACGACGACGACGACGAGGAGGCAGAGGACCCAGAGGCACCUUGCCCGACGCUUCACGAGGCGCUUGCAGCGACGGAAGUGCUCCGUCGCUACUGUUCCCAGCUUCAGGGAAGUGGACUAAGUCUGGUAAACCAGCUAUCUCGCGUCGAGGACGAAAUUUUGAAGGACGCAGUAAAAGCGAAGACGCAGGCAAAAAUUACCAGCUUCUGUCGGUAAUAUCAAAAGAACAGGUAAUAAAGACUUCUCUCUGUCGUAA